AUGCAAGAACGGCAAAACGGCCAGAAGAAGUGGCUGGGUGGGUGUCCUGUGGGCGCGAUCAGGGAGAUACGGCGGAAUGAAGAUGGGAGCGUGGGGGAGAUGUUUGUAGGUGAUUUUAGUAUCACUAGGCAUACCUUUGCCGAGAUAAUAGAUGAGGAUAAGAGGGCGGAGAGGAAGCGGAUCAAUGAUGAGAAAGAGGUGGGAGACGAAGAGAUCAUUUGGACCAUUGGAGACUGGCUUGCGCAAAGUCACCAUGGAAAGGGAAUCAUGACCAUUGUCGUCAAAACCAUGGUUGAUUGGGCUGUGCGCAACAUGAACGUACACCAUAUUCGAGCUCUUGUUGGAGUCGGAAACAUCGGCAGUAGUCGGGUGUUUGAGAAAAACGGAUUCACUCUCCUCGAAACGGUUAGAGAUGCCUAUCCCCUUCCGGAAGUCAAGGGUGGAGGGAGGGCAAGUUUUCAUGUUUUUGAGUGGACUCGAAAUAGGACUUGA